UCUCUGACCAGCCACCCGAGUAGGUGGAAUCCAAGGACCACCUGUGUGGGGAGAAUCCAGGGACUUUUUGGUGGAGCCAUUACUGGCGGCCUUUAGGAUAUUAUGAUCAACUGACAUCUUGGGAGAAGCUAGUACAAUAAAGAUCAAGGCACCGUCACAGAGUCAUUUCCUCUGCUACUGCAGGUUUCUGGCACAACAGAAGUGGGCAAAGCUCCAGCAGGCUAUGUGGCCCUCGAGAGUUCCACAUGGGAGAGAUGUUGUGGCCUGGCCCUUCUCUAGGCUCUGGAGAGUCUCUGACCCAACUUUGUUCCAAAUGACCAUCAUUGCUGCUCUCUGGGUUGCUGUGUUUGGUAAAUGUGGUCCACCACCUGAUGUGCCCGGUGCCUUCCCAGAAAGAGAGACGAACCAGACAGACUUCGCAAGCAGAACUGUCUUGAGAUACAGUUGCCGCCCUGGCUACAGUAGGGCAACUUCAAGCCAUGUUAUUUACUGUGCACAUGGAGGGGAUUGGCAGAUUGGUAUCUCCUGUGUUAAAAAAUCAUGCGGGAACCCAGGAGACUUACAAAAUGGACAAGUGGAAGUUAAAACAGAUUUCUAUUUUGGAUCACAGAUAGAAUUCAGUUGCUCAGAAGGAUAUUUCUUAAUUGGCUCAUCCACUAGUUAUUGUGAGAUCCAAAGUAAAGGCGUUGCCUGGAGCAACCCACUCCCAGAAUGUGAAAUUGUCAAGUGUAGCUCUCCUCCAGACAUCAGCAAUGGGAAGCACAAUGGUGGAUAUGAAGAUGUCUACACGUAUGGCUCCUCGGUUACCUAUAGGUGUGACCCCACCUUCUCACUUGUUGGCAAUGCCUCCAUUACCUGCACCGUGGUGAACAAAACAGUAGGCGUUUGGAGCCCGAGCCCUCCUACCUGUGAAAGAAUCAGAUGUCCUCAGCCAAAUGUUUCGCAUAGAAUAAUUACUUCUGGAUUUAGAACUACCUAUAAAUACAAAGACUCUAUUAGUUUUGCCUGCCCGAAAUGGUCCAUCCUCAGAGGCAAAAAUAUAAUCCAUUGUGGAGCUGAUGGCAACUGGAAUUUUCCUCCUCCCUUUUGUGAGCUCAGAGCCGGUUGCACUAAUAUUCCAAACAUCCCACAUGCUUCCUGGCUAAAAAAUCUCAAUCCCCAAAAAGACCUGUAUCCGGUUGGGACUGUGUUACACUACCAAUGUCAUCCUGGCUAUGAGCCUUCUACAAAAGAGCCUAUGACUGUCGUUUGUAAGGGAGAUUUAUCCUGGAGCCCGUUCAAAGGAUGCAAGGAGGUAUGUUGUCCAGAACCAGACCCAAAUAAUGUUAGAGUCAUUGGACAUGAAAAAACACAUCCUAAGAAUGACUGUACUUAUUUCUAUGAUGACACAGUGACAUACAAAUGCCACAAUGACCUUGUCUUUUCAGCCACUUGCAAAUCAGAUGGCACAUGGAAUCCCAAAACACCAUUAUGUGAUAAGAAUUGUGGUUUUCCUUCAAACAUUGCCCAUGGACGUAUAAAAUCUAAGAGCUUCUUCUCAACUAUGGUUACAUAUGAAUGUGAUAAAGGAUACAGGCUGGUUGGACAGGCAAGCAUCUCCUGCCUGUUACCAGGAUGGUUUUCAGCACCUCCCAAAUGUAAAGCUCUAUGCCAGAAGCCAGAGAUAAGCAAUGGGAUGCUGUCUGCCAGUAAAGAUGAGUAUGUUGAAUCUGAAAAUGUCACCAUCCAGUGUGACACUGGCUUUACCAUGCUGGGUUCCCAAAGUAUCACUUGUUCAGAGAAUGGAACCUGGUACCCAGAGGUGCCCAGAUGUGCACAGGCGAAAGACUGUGAGCCUGUGUUUGCAGGCAAGAGAUUCAUGCAAUGUCUGCCAAGUUCAGCUGACGUGAAGAUGGCACUGGAGGUAUAUAAACUGUCUCUGGAGAUUGAACUGUUAGAGCUGCAGAUAGAAAAGGCAAAACAAACUGCCCCGGAGUUAUGAUCUCAGGAUGGUUUCCUAACCUCAGUGUCAAAACAGAUCGCCUGCAUUUAGCACCUCUUGUCACUUUGGCACCAAUGGCCGUGCUGAUAAAUGUCUGGUUAGACCAAUCCACUAAAGCAUCGUGUUUUAAGUGUAUGAAAUAAUUAAUCAUAUUGUGGCUCAUACAUUUGCUUUUCUGAAUACAGCAUGCACAUUUUUUUCUCAAUUAAAAACCAAUUUUGUC